AGUAGAGUGCGCAUUACCACACGGAACUCCCUUCCCCUCCUCGGCCGUAACUUUCCCAUAGUCAAGUGGAGGUGUAAACGCUUGCAGUGUAUCUUUUAGGCUUUUAAUUUAGUAAUUUUAGCAAAAUAUAUAUAUAUAUUUUCUUAUCUCCACGCACACCAGCGUCAUUUUUACCCAGCAUGUGCGCGUCUUCGUAAAAAAAAGAAAAAAAACAAGCCCUUGCACUUUUUUCUUCAAAACGUCACGUUGAAAUCUGCAGCCAAGAUGACCGCGGACGUCGUUCCCUCAAAAAGUACUGAAUUCAUCAAGGAUCAACUGUAUUUCGCCAUACUUCAGCAGAAGAUAAAGAGCACAGCUGAGCGUCACUGUUUCUGCAUAGAUGAGGAGCUGGCAUAUGAGAACUUCUAUGCGGACUUUGGUCCCCUUAACCUGGCCAUGUUUUAUCGCUUCUGUUGCAAGCUCACAAAGAAGCUCAAGUCCAUUACACUCUCAAGGAAGAAGAUAAUAUUUUAUACCUGUGGAGACCAAAAGAAGCAAGCCAAUGCUGCUUACCUCAUUGGCUCAUAUGCAGUAAUGCAUCUUCACAUGACGCCGGAGGAGGCCUACAGUCUGCUGGUGUCAAGGAACUCCACAUACCUGCCAUUCAGAGAUGCUUCAUUUGGAACCUGCAUGUACAAUCUGAACAUACUCGACUGCCUACGUGCCGUCCACAAGGCUUUGCAGUUUGGCUGGCUUGACUUCUCCAACUUUGAUGUAGAGGAAUAUGAACACUAUGAGAGAGCAGAAAAUGGAGAUUUCAACUGGAUCAUUCCUGGAAAGUUUCUUGCAUUCAGUGGGCCACAUCCAAAAAGCAAAAUAGAGAAUGGGUACCCUCUCCACGCUCCCGAGGCCUAUUUCCCUUACUUUAGGAAACACAACAUCACCACUAUCAUCCGGCUCAAUAAGAAGAUGUACGAUGCCAGGCGUUUCACGGACUCAGGCUUUGAACACCACGACCUGUUCUUUGUGGAUGGCAGUGCGCCAAACGACAACAUUGUCAGGAAGUUCCUCAACAUCUGUGAGAAUGCAGAAGGAGCCACUGCAGUCCACUGUAAAGCUGGUCUGGGGAGAACGGGCACUCUGAUUGGUUGCUACAUGAUGAAGCAUUAUCGGCUGACUGCUGCAGAAGCCAUUGCUUGGAUACGGAUUUGCCGGCCAGGAUCUGUCAUCGGGCCUCAGCAGAACUUCAUUGAGGACAAGCAGAGCAGUCUGUGGGCAGAGGGGGAUUUGUUCCGGGAGAAGAUGCGGAGUGAAAGAGAGAACGGGAAGAUGGCUGUCACCAGGAUCCUGUCUGGAGUGGAUGACAUCACCAUCAACGGGAGCAACAAGAACAGGACGCCAAAGAAAGAAGAACUGGAACUGUAUAACGAUGAAGAGGAGAGGAAUGGUCUAACGCAGGGUGAUAAACUGCGAGCGCUGAAGAGCAAGAGGCAGGCCAGAUCAUCCACCGGCUCGCUAUCACAAGAAGAGAACAAGAUUCACACCAGGUCAUCAUCACAGUCCCUGAGCAGGAUCAUUUUGCAGUCCACUGGACAGAGCUGUAAGCCCGGCAUUGACCCGUCGGCUCUGUCUGACCGUUCAGACAGCAGGAAGAGGACCAGAACCUCACUGCCAGCUAGUGGAGUAGGAGGCAGCUCCCUGUGCCACACCAGACUGGCCAGGUCCCUAGGCAACUUGAAUGUAGUGGCUGGCGACAGAGACCCGAUGUGUUGUGAGCCAUGUGGCAGCCAUAGAGACACGGCCAGUUCCACAGCCAACACAGGCACUCUGAUCAACCUAAACAUGGCACAGGUCCAUCUGCAGACGCACUGUGCCCAGGGGACGUAAAGCUCGCUGCUCUUUGCAAUCAAUGCGAUUUUCCAGACUCUGUCACUCCAUACCCAAAGCUAGAGCUCCUCUGCUUCGAUGAGCCUGUGGAUCUGAAGAUUGUGGGGAAUGUGAAACGAAAUCCAACAUCUAUACCACCCUGCUCUUCUCAGAGAGGAUUGUUUCAAUUUCUGAGAACUGGGUUGGAAGAACAUUUCUUAACCAGUGUGAUGUGUCACGUAAAUCGUUUAUAGUUGAAUUAAUGACAAAUUAUUUUAACCAUAAGGCACUUCGGUUUUUAGAGUUGUUUUUAACCCAGCAUCAUGGAACAAGCUCCCAUAUAUCGCCUAAUCAUUGCCUGGUUGUUUACCUACUUACUGAAGCAUGCAGUAGUAAUCAACAGAUUGAUCCUCAACCAUCAGACCGGCAUGUGACCGGCUUUUAAGACCGGAUAUAUCAUGUUGACUUGGAGAGAUUUGUAGAUCCGCUAACCUGUGCAAGUUCGUGCUCUAGGUGAUCUUACAGAUCAGGCACAAGGGCAUCUUUGCCUUGGAUGUAGUUGAAACGUGCCAUCCCAUAACCUAGUUACAGUACUGUGUGCAUCAUUUGUACCUACAUCCUUUGUAACAUCUUGCUCAUGUCUUUAUUUUCUUGUGAAGCUUCUAUUUUUCUUUUUGAGCUGCUGUAUUUCAAGACUGUAAAUAUGUCAACAUUUGAUAUACUCUUUGUAUUCUGUAAAUAUUUUGUACUACUUGUUUCAAUGAAUCAUGCUAUAAAAUACAUGCCACUGGCCCUAAUGGGGCCGUGUCCAAAUCAUGUUCCACAGUUCAUAAUCCACUAAAUAUUUGCUUGGAGCAUAUGAAAUCAGACUUUUUAAAUAAAACACCUUCAGGUUGCCUUUG